AUGGCGAGCUCCGGCGAUGAAGGGCGCGUGGUGGUAGACCUCCGCUCCGCGGCGGAGUCGGCGGCUGCGGACGAGGAGGCGCACGCCACGCCUCUCCACGAGAUUGAGUCCCUCUGCAUGCGCUGCGGCGAGAACGGCAUCACGAGGCUUCUGUUGACGCUGAUUCCGCACUUCCGGGAGGUGGUUCUGAUGGCCUUCGAGUGCCCACAUUGUGGUGAGAGGAACAACGAGAUUCAGUUUGCUGGACAGCUCCAACCCAAGGGAUGCUGCUAUAGCUUGGAGGUUCCGUCAGGGCAGAGUGAGAUAUUGAAUCGUCAGGUCGUGAAGUCUGAUUCAGCGACUAUCAAGAUUCCAGAGCUGGACUUUGAGAUUCCUCCAGAAGCUCAACGUGGGCACGCUUUCUACUUUCCUUUCAAAAUGUUCUAUUUUGCUGCUAGCUUGCUUAUUCUUUACCUUGUAAAUCAGGUGGAAGGGAUUAUUAUGCGAGCUGUGGAUGAGUUGCAGGCUCUUCAAGACGAACGGAAGUUGAGAUCUCUUGGGUCAGGAGAGGCUGCAUUCACCUUUGUUCUUGAUGACCCUGCAGGAAACAGCUUUAUUGAGAACCCGCAUGCUCCGUCAUCAGAUCCUUUACUAUCUGUGAGAUUCUAUGAAAGGACUCGUGAACAACAAGCAGCACUUGGUUUUCUUGCUGAACCACCAACAGAACAACCUGGAGAGGCUGUUUUGCCUGCUUCAGCUGUGGAAUCCAAUUCUGAUGGGUUGCAAAGUGUGCCCCAUGGCUCAGUUGGAGCUGUUGCAGCUCGUCGCGCUAUAGCUCAGGGAAACCCGACGAAGUUGCUGCAGCCUUGUGUAGAUAUCGCAGCACCAGAAGAGUUGAAACUUGAAACGUCCACGGAAAAUUUUUCUUUCUUUGGUGUUAAGGUACUUACUUUGAAUAGCCAUCAACCACCUGGAGAGGGUGCAAUGGUUGGAUAUCUUGGUGGUCUCUUUGAUUCUGUUGAUUUUGAAUCCUACAUUUAUGCCAGAGUUAUAAUAUUCCUGAUAUGUGGCCUGCCCAGGCUGUUUUUAAGAUUUUACCAUUGUUGGUCGAUCCAGAUAUGGUAUUUCACUUUUGAACUGGAGGUGAUUGUUAUGGCGACAACAUGUGACAUGUGUGGUUAUCGCAAUUCAGAGCUGAAGCCUGGAGGUGAGAUUCCAGCUAAGGGAAAGAAAAUUACACUGCGUGUUCAAAAUGCACGAGACCUUACUCGCGAUGUCAUAAAGUCAGAUUCAGCUAGCGUGAAAGUACCUGAACUUGAGUUGGAGCUUUCAUGUGGAACGUUGGGUGGUAUGGUCACAACUGUUGAAGGUUUAAUUGUGAAAAUAUGCGAGGCUUUGGAGAGAAUACAUAGAUUCCAAUUGGGCGAUAGCACACUGGAAUGGAAAAAGAAGAAAUGGGAAGAUUUCAAGGAGAGACUAUCCAAGCUUCUGAGUUUACAAGAGGCCUGGACUCUAAUAAUUGAUGAUGGAUUGGCGGCUUCAUUUGUGGCCCCGGCUACUGAUUCGUUAGAAGAUGACAGUCAGCUAACCAUGGAGGAGUAUCAGAGGAGUUGGGAGCAGAAUGAGGAACUUGGCCUGAAUGACAUGGAUACGUCCUCUGCUGACGCGGCUUACAACACGACCAGCACAUGA